AUGCUGGAAUUCGGGCCCGAUGACUAUAAAGAUUAUGUCUUUAACGUACGUCUGGCCAAAUUGUUGGGUCUGUGUCAAACGCUACAUCCGAAAAAUGCUAAGUACUACGGUUACAAUAUCUAUCAAUUAUCGACCAUGUUCGGUAUGGUGCUCGUGGGAAUCACAGCGGCCGUCAGUGGACUGACGGGAAUGUACCAUUGGAGCAACGACUUGACUCAGUUUUCCUUAGUGUACACUACAUGCCAAAAUCUUAUGUUUCUCAUUUACAAAUCGACAGCGAUGUUUAAGAGAUCCGAUGAGAUCUGGGACUGUUUGGACGUGAUUAGAUUCGACUUUUUGUCCUACGAGUUCUACGACAAAACAAUACUGAAAGUGUGGCAGACCCGAACGAUACGAAUCACUUAUGCAAUAUGCGCCAUGUCAUUUACCGCGACUGGACUUUGGGCUGUGGGUCCCCUUUUUAUUAGUGAAAGCUAUGUCAAUUUAAGAAACCGCGACGGCUCGUACGACAGCUACCGCCUAAGCGUGUUUAAUUUCUAUUUCAUGGUAUCCUCAGACGUGUACAACGAGUAUUUCUUGAUGUUCCACAUAGUCGAGACGUUGAUUGUCUACACGAUAAGUAUCAUAAUGGUGUUAUCGCAUGUAGUGGUAAUAUCUUUAUUCUACGCCAUUGCCGGUCAAUUAGAAAUAAUCAAUAAUGCACUUGAGAACUUUGAAAAAAACCACAUCAAUUUUCAGGCAGAAGGUAAUUUAUAUUUUAUACUCUGCUUUUAUGCGUAUGUGCUAUGUCACAUGUAA